ACCGCUUCUUCCUGCACAUACUUCUUAUCCUAAACGGUGCCCGCGCAGACCGUCGAGAUCGUGGAGCCCUGGACAUCCUAUGUAAGGACCCCCGGGUGGUCGUUCUCGCUGAGUCGUGUAUGCAGAAGUCGCGGCUCUGUGGGAGAGUGAUCCAGGAACGUCGACGCGAUCUGUACUUGGGAAGUGCGGACGGUUUACGUCAGGCGACGUCGAGCGCCGCGAAGGCCUGCGAGGGUUGGGCUCUGGAGGGUUGGCUUCCAUGGGAAAUCUUGUUAUUCUGUUUUUGGGAUGCCGGGGAGCUUCCGCUGUGAGCGUAGACUCGCCACUAGAAAGGGCGCGUGCGAUCGACACGACUCUGUCGUGUCUGCAGGGAUCUGACGACGAAGAUGUGGUCGGAAACGUGUCGACGAACGGCCCGCCGGUGUGCACGACACAAGGGAAUCGAUGCCCGGGACUCAGUCGGGGGAUAUCCUACAGGGCGUGCGGUGGGCGAGCUCGAGGAGGCUAUAUCGCACGGCAUCUGUCGCGACGCGCUUACGUGCGCAACGCGUCUUCUUGCCUAAACAUAGGCGAGUUCGAACGUCGAGGGAGGGAUUGGCGCGGACCGAGGUGCGGAUUUCCCAGCGAAGACGGCCACGCGUCCGAGGGCGCGGGCGUCCGAGCUUGUUUGUGGUGAUGCCGGAGGGCCCGGGUGGGCAGGUUCGUAGCCCGGGGGAGAUUGGAACUGCGCAGGGCGGGCGCCGGGGUCGUCGCUGACAUGGGUGGGCCGCUAGUUCCAGGUACAUUGGGG